GGUUCACACCAGACCGGUGGCUUCAGUCCCAGGUGCCUUCGUUUCUUCCCUGUGAGUCCCCUCCACUGUACUUCUCCUGCUUCCUCUGGUUUUCCUGCCUCCCUCUUCAGCGGUGGGACCCAAGGCUGGAUCAAGGCCUCCAGGGAAGAGCUCUACCAUCAAGAAAGGGAGCCCAGCACCAGACCUCGCCCAUGGACCCUUCUGAGGACCACCCAACGGCACCAGCAAGGCUGGUCUCCUAAGCCACAGAGGGCCUGCGUGCCCCACCAUUGGGAAGGAGCCAUGGUGUUUAGGAGUGGUGAAGGCCGCUCCCUGCAGUGGCCUGGCCCAGAAGGGGGCACUGGUUGCACAGGCCCCCAAAGCAUGCUCAGGGCCACCCUGCUGCUUGUCAGCCUGCUGUGGGGGGCCCGGGGAACAGCCAGUGCCAGUCUCAGCCCGGCUCUGGGCCAUCCCAUGCCCCUGACCAGGGGCCGCUACCUGAGCAUUGGAGAUGGCUCUGUGAUGGAAUUUGAGUUCCCAGAAGAGAGCGAGGGCAUCAUUGUGAUCACAAGCCAUUACCCAGGCCAGGGCAACGGGACAGGACCCAGCCCCAUGCUGAGGGUCACCUCCCUGGACCCAGAGGUGCUGACCAUCAAGAAUGUGAGUGCUAUAGCCUGGGGCGGCGGCGGCAGCUUCGUGGUAAGCAUCCGCUCGGGCCUGCCUGGGAUAGCCCCACUCCACAUCCAGCUCACGGACCCCCGCGAGGCCCCGCCCAGGCUGAUCGAAGAGCGGAGAGAUUUCUGCAUCAAGGUCUCACCUGCUGAAGACACCCCCAUCACCCUCGGCACUAACCUGGUCCACUUCUCAGAGAACCCAAUCCUCUACUUGCUCCUGCCUCUUAUCUUCGUCAAUAAGUGUUCAUUUGGGUGCAAAGUGGAGCUCGAGGUACUGAAGGGGCUCUUGCAGAACCCCCAGCCCGUGCUGCUGGGCCUUCUGGGCCAGUUCCUAGUCAUGCCCUUCUAUGCUUUUCUGAUGGCUAAGGUCUUCAUGCUGCCCAAGGCCCUGGCUCUGGGCCUCAUCAUCACUUGCUCGUCGCCCGGCGGCGGGGGGAGCUACCUCUUCAGCCUCCUCCUUGGAGGGGACGUCACUCUGGCCAUCUCUAUGACUUUCAUCUCAACGGUGGCUGCCACCGGCUUCCUGCCGCUGUCCUCAGCCAUCUACAGUCACCUGCUCAGCAUCCAUGAAACACUCCAUGUGCCCGUUUCCAAGAUCCUGGGGACCCUGCUGUUCAUUGCCAUCCCCAUUGCAGCAGGCGUGGUAAUCAAGUCCAAGCUCCCCAAGUUCUCACAGCUGCUGCUGCAUGUCAUCAAGCCCUUCAGCUUUGUGCUGCUCCUGGGUGGCCUCUUCCUGGCCUACCGCAUGGGGGUCUUCAUCCUGGCAGGCGUCAGGCUGCCCAUUGUGUUGGUGGGCUUCACAGUGCCCCUGGUCGGCCUCCUGGUGGGCUACGGCCUGGCCACGUGCCUGAAGCUGCCAGUGGCCCAGCGGCGGACUGUCAGCAUCGAGGUUGGGGUGCAGAACAGCCUGCUGGCCUUGGCCAUGCUGCAGCUGUCCCUCCGCCGCCUCCAGGCUGACUAUGCCUCCCAGGCCCCUUUCCUUGUGGCACUUAGUGGCACCUCGGAGAUGCUGGCCUUAGUAAUUGGCCACUUUAUCUAUAGCAGCGUGUGCGCCGUUCCCUGAGGCCCCCUGGGUCAAGCUUUCACCAGGCACCCCUAGCCCCCAACCUCCACCAACUGUCCCCACCAUUCUUGUGUACCAAAGGCCUUUAGUUCUCAUGCACUAUGCACUCAGAAAAAAAAAAAAUCCAGGCUUAUUUUUUUUACUCGUUUUUUAUUCUCCAGCUUUCAGUGCCAAAGAGGCCAUGCUGAGUUCUGUAAGCGGGCACUGCCCAGAAAAUAUAUUUCAAUAAAACAGAAGCA